AUGACGAACCUUGCCCUCAAAGGAAUAAUCGGCGUUAAGGCAAUGGCGGAGAUAAGCCAAGCACUGGGCCAAAAGUACGAUGCACAACUCUACAAUAACUAUGCUGCUUCUCUUGCAGCUUCGUGGGUAUCUCUCGCGAUGUCCUCGAGUGGGGACCGUCUCCUCGGGUCCUAUGACGAUGAGCAAUCAUGGGCUCUUAUGUACAAUCUCUAUGCGGACCGACUCCUUCAGACUGGGGUCGUGGAGCAAACGGUCAACUCAUUCGCGCGUGCUUUCUACACCAUCAUUAACACUGCAGCAGCUCCUCAGUUCGGUCUACCCCUGGAUAGCGAUGCGGGCAACGUUUCCAAUGUAGCAUGGCUCCUCUUCACCGCUGGCACCGUGCUAGACGACGACGUGCGCGACGGUCUCGUCAACAGUGUAUGGGCCCGAGCGUCUUUCAACCAGACAACGGGUCCGUUUCCGGACACGUACGACAUCGUGACUGGGGCUAUACAAGGAAGUCCGAACGCCAAUGCAGGGUGA